AAUCUGGUAGAGAAAGCACCAGAAGCAAAUUUGCCAGCAAUGUUAGUUGCUAAAUUACUAAAUUUUUGUGAGAACUUAUCUGUUAGAAAAUGGUCUGAUAGUGAAAUUGUGGAAGACAUAGAAUUUUUAAAAGCCCAACUUCAAGAAAAUUUCCAAAGCUUGACUGAUAAUAUGGUCCUUGCUGUUGCUGCACAUGAUUUGGGACAAUAUGUGAAAUAUUAUCCUGAUGGAAAGAA